AAAAUUGUUCAUUUGCUCACCUGUUCCAAAAACAGUUUACUGCUGUACUUUUGAUACCAAAGCUACUUCCUUUUUUUCUUGUUGGGACUACUUGAGAUCACUUCCACCAUGAAAGGAGCUUGCUUGGAUGGGAAGAUGAGAGGGAACGAGCCAAUGGCCAAUGAGGUUGAGUGAUUGGAGAGGAUCCCAUUCCAAUUUACAGCCCAGCUAAGCACGGCGGCUCCCGCGAGAGGGACAACCGGGGAAAAAGAAGAAUUCCUUUAUCCUACGCAUCCCUUCCUUACUCUUCACUCCCACCGUCGUCACCCACAUUACCCUCUCUCCCCUCCCCCCCCCCCCCCCCACACACACAAGACACCGCUCCUUCUCCUCACUAUGGUCUUCCAGUCCCUUCUAAGGGGACUGGACUUAAACACCACUGUGUAAAGCAGUUGGUGGAUGCCGGAAGAGCGGGCAAAUGCAAUUUAGCAUUGAUCUCCGUGAUUUCCGAAAUCCAGAACCAUUGGUUUCUAGUUAACUGUAAAGAUGUGAAUUUUUCCCCACCUUGUUUUUUCCUAAUUUGUUGCAGAGAAAGGCAUCUCCUUUUGGAGCAAUUGGGUAUACGGCUCUGCUGAGUGUGGAAUUGAUGAAAUCUUAGGCUGUAAAUGGGAACUUUUAUUGGUAGAGACUAUCAAUGUGGGCUGAUCUGGAUAGAGUGAAUGGCUGCAUGUGAAUCAGAUCAAGCAUUUCAGAAGCAUUCAGCUGGGGAGACAAGGGCGCCGCUGGGUCCAGCGGAGAGGAACAAUGCUGCUGCCACAACCCGCCGUCCCCGUACAAAGGAAGUUAGUUCGAGGUACAAAUCGCCUUCUCCCUCGACGCCCGCUGCUAGGCGUUGCGUAUCGCCGAACUUUUCAAGGACAGCAACAGCUUCCUCUCAGUUGGUGCAAAAGAGAGCCCAAUCAGCUGAGAGGAAACGGCCAUCCACACCACCUUCACCUCCACGGCCAUCUACCCCAGUACAAGAUUCUGUAGAUGUGCAGAUUUCAUCCAGAAAAGCCGUCACAGGUAGAUUAGGAGAGGGUUUAUGGCCUUCUACAAUGAGAAGCUUGAGUGUUUCUUUCCAGUCAGAUUCUAUUUCUAUUCCGAUGACUAAGAAGGAAAAACCGGCAAGUACUCCUUCAGACCGGACUUUGAGACCAUCCUCAAAUGUUGCACAUAAGCAAGUUGAGUCGCCAGUUACCCGCAAGCCUAUAUCAGAGAGAAACAGAAGUCCACUGAAGGGCAAAAAUGUAUCUGAUCAAUCAGAGAAUUCUAAGCCAGUUGAUGCUCUGCCCGCUCGUUUGAUAGAUCAACAUCGAUGGCCUAGUAGAAUUGGCGGAAAGGUAUCCUCCAAUGCCUUUAAUCGAAGUAUGGAUCUUGCGGACAAGGCUAUAAGAACACCGGCAUCAAUGUCGGGAAUUGGGUUAUCAACAGUUAGGAAAAUGCCUUCUGAUGGAGUACCUAGGCCUUUGCAAAAAUCUACCAGUGAUGCGGAUAGAUUAAUGAAACAAGAGAGAAGCAACAGAAGAGAAUCUAAUGCUGUAUUAUCUGAUGAUAGCUCCAUAGGGCUGUCUGGAUCUAACAAGCUUGUUCCGGCCAGCUUUUUGGACAGAAUGAUGCCAUUACUUCCUACUGUUAGAUCUCAGUCUUCGCCUCUUCCUGUGUCUCGUCAACCAUCACCAAGUAGGAUGGUAUCGCCAUCUGUUUCUAGAGGGGUGAGUCCAUCUAGGACUAGAUCAUCAACUCCUCCCCGGGGUUUAAGUCCAUCUCGUGUAAGACCAUCCAGCCCGACUGCUCAAUCCACUAGUACAAAUUCCGUUCUCAGUUUCAUUGUGGAUGUUCGGAAAGGAAAAAAGACUGCUGCCUAUAUAGAAGAUGCUCAUCAGCUUCGGCUGCUAUAUAACAGACAUCUACAGUGGCGAUUUGCUAAUGCGCGGGCAGAGGCUGUACUUUACAAUCAGAAAGUAACAGCAAAGAACACUUUGUACGACGUCUGGACCAGUACAUUAGAUCUCUGGGAUUCAGUUAUUAGGAAAAGGAUUAGUCUCCAGCAGAUUAAGCUAGAGCUCAAGCUGAAUUCCAUUUUGAAUGGACAGAUGGAGUCUCUUGAUGUAUGGGCUUUACUUGAGAGAGAUCAUAUUAGCUCCUUAGUUGGGGCUGUAGAAGAUUUGGAAGCAAGCACUCUUCGUCUUCCAGUAACUGCAGGGGCAAGAGCAGAUACUGAUACUCUGAAGAAUGCUAUUGGCUCAGCUGUUGAUGUGAUGCAGGCUACGGGAAUCUCUGUACGACCAUUACUUUCAAGGGUAGAGAAGAUGAACACCUUGAUAUCUGAACUUGCCAUCAUAUCUGCACACGAGAGGGCCAUGCUCGAUGACUGUGAAGCUCUAUUGGCUUCAAUUGCUGCUAUGCAGGUCCAGGAGUACAGCUUAAGGACACACGCUUUACAAGUAAAACAAGACUUGGAGAAUGGAAGUAGCCAGUUUUGGGAAUCAGUUGUGCCUCCAUGACCUCGGUUUUCAGAAAGAGCUGCUUUCACCGUACAAUUAUCUGCUCAGGGCUUGGAGUACUCACACUCUAGGGAAAACCCUUUCGGGACUCUUUACCUCCUGGGGAACAGGUGAAUCAGAACAAGUGUUGGACUGUACAGGUCCAUAGUUCCGAUGGUUGGGGCAGUCGGGUCAGAUUAGGUCAGUUUCGACGUGAGAAUUAGUAUUCCCGCCUAAGAUCCUCCAUUGAAUUGUAAAUCUGUAAUUGUGCCUUGGUUCUUUUUUUGAUCUCCUAACACAGUUCAUCUCCUUUCUUUUAUUCUUUCCCCUCUCUAUGCAAUCCUUUUCAUAUAUGGUGAAUGGGAAAAGGAAAUUACAACCCAUCGAGAUCAGUGGAAAAGCAACAUUGCAAUGAGAAUCAGGCUCUCCGAAA